AACGUAGAAAAAAGGAAAUUAAAUAAUUAAAUUCAAAAUUUUCGAUCACCGACACAUACAACCCUUCAGAUAGUUCGACUCAAAUGGGUAGCACUGACAAAUCUGCCUUGUUCAACACUGGAUAAUACUUUGAAGCGUCAUCGUUGCUUUCAUUUUAUGAUUCGCUUCUAUAAACUUUACACGUUUUUUCUGAAAACUAUGGACCACGACACCCAAAAAACUGUCAAAGAGUGGUGCGUUUGCGAGAAGUGUCCGAGAGCAGUGCUGCACAUUCCGUUGGACAGCAACCUCCGCUGCCAAUUGUGUGGACUGGAGCGGCGUCCUAAAACCGAUCCCAGCUCCAGCGACGAAGAGGAGUACGCCGCCAACCUACGGCAGAAGAUGCUUCUAGAGCGACGACAUGCCGAGGAGGCGCUCCAAAGUGGUGUCCGCGUCAAGGUGCCUAAGCGAGCCAAGAAGCCAUGUUCAGUGCAGAGCUGCAAGAAGAAUUGCCUCAAGUGCGGGGGAAUGGCCAAGCCAAGAGCCGAGAAGGAGCCUUUAGCCGGGCACUUUCCAACUCCCAAAGAAGCCUUACCGAAGUGGCGUCUUGGGCUACAAACUUUAGAUCGCGCAACUUCAGUUGCGCCACCAUCAUCGCCUUCAUCUCUGAAGUCUUUGCAACCCGCAUUCGAGUCCAUGUGGGAGCCUUUGCCCAGUGACGUCACAAACCAGGUGGACAAGUCUCAUCGACACAGGGCAUUGCUUGCAAAACGUUUGGUCAUUCCCCUGAAGACACCCAUCACGGAUCCAUCUGGCGGGGCAGUCUCCAAGCGAAACAAGAGCUUAGCGUCACUUUUGCACCCUGGCACCAGCCCCCCGCUGCCACCCCUCUCAAAAGUGGUGGCCUCCAUUAUGGCUGAACAGGGGGCAGAAAAGGGCCGUGAAAAAGGUGGCGGAUUAGAACACGGUUCGAUUGAGGCCGAAAACCAAAUGGAAAGCCAGUUUUGCCCCUUUGACUCCUACGAGGGGCCGUCGGAGGAUGCACUUGUCGUAGACAGUGCCCGCAUCAUGCUGCAGAGCCCCAUGGCGCUGAACACGACCCCAUUGCUCGUCUCUUCAGACUUGGAAGAGGGCGCUAAAGAUGACUCUAAAGAUAUCAGCGGCAAUUGCAAGCACGGCCCAUCCAACAACGGCCCAUCCAACAACGGGCAGCCCAUCGCCCCGAAAACAUUCGAGUUUUUAGACUUUGAAGAGAAAGAAGUACAAGUAGGUAAGAAGAGCGAUCCUUUGGUGGAGAAGAUAUUUACGAAGUGUUUUGUGGAUCAAAUAAUAAAAGCCCUGAGCCUUUCCUGUCCUGAACCUAAUGAAGAUUGCGCUGCAGAGAACGAACAACUGAAGUCCGAAUCCGAGUCGGAGUCCAAAGGAUCAGCUAGCCCACCUAUCAAGGAUGUAUCUAAUGAACGUGUAAUUUCCUCAAAUAAAUCUCAGACCGAUGCAGAGUAUUCAAAAGUCUUAUCAAAAAAAUUGAACAGCACCCAUGGCUUGCAUGAACCCGCCAAUAGGGUGUGCAGGACAGCCGGUAUGAAGCGGGAGGGCGCAAAGCCAAUGGCUAGUGGGAUGUCUCCGGUACGGAAAUCAAAGUUAGGAGCAGAGUCCGCAUCAUCGGUGUGCGACAAAUGCGGACAUCAGCGAAACGAUGGCGAUGCUGCUAUGCCAAAUAAGAAUUCCAGAGCAAAGAGUGUCAAGCAGAUACCUAUAAAAGAACCCAAGGAAUUUGUAGGCCCCUAUCGUAGUACUAGCAAGAACGCAAUGCCAGCCAAGAAAAUCUGUCAAGUCUCUAAAGAGUUGUUCGGCAAAGAGCCAUCUUACUCAUUGAGAGUUCCAGACAAGACUGGUAAACUCUAUAGAACUUUUCACUGUUGUCCAAGAACUAAUUUAGCUAAGCAAAAAUUGAAGCGGGAAGGCCUUAAGCCGACCUGCACCAAAGAGAUGAAAAAAUAUAAGCCCGAUUCUCUUGUUAGUAAUAAUUCGAGCACACCAAUGAAAUCCGAAGAAGACCUUGAAGGCUCUUCACAGACAGUACCAGACCCAGUUUCUAAAUCCGUAUCAGACCAGAGGCUUCUCAGAAAUAUCUCAUCAGAAGGCAGCAAUCUUGAAGAAGAAUUCCACAAAACACCCGAUGCAUACCUACCUAUAGACGGAAGGACUAUACAACCGCAUAUGUUGUCGCAUAGCUGCAUGGAGAGAGAAGUCUCAAUCCAUUGGCGACGAAUCCACACCUUGGAAACAGUUUCACAUGUCUGUGGGGAGAUGCUCAAGCCUAAGAUGGCUUCACACAGAUGCACUGUCAUGGAAAAUCUCAAGAAGACCACCUUGUCGGAUCAACCUGCUACCAGUACGUCGAUCUAUGAGUUCCGCAUGCCUGACAUAGAUUCCAAUGCGUUCGAAAAGUCCGGAAUGGCUAGCCCUCCUCGUAACAUAAGCGAAACCCACAGGCGAAAUGAAGAUGGGAACAAGAGUGGGCAUGAGACACCUGUAGCUCACUCGCCAACACCAAGGCACAUGGAUCUCUUCUUAAGGAAAAUGAUGCGGAGGCCCAGUCCGCCCAUUUGUCCCGUUCCUUCAGUAAAAUACAUUAGACGAAAGAUAAGAGCACAAGAGGGUCUGAGACAGUAUGAUGUUUCGGAAUUAUCAUUUAUGCGAAAUUCGGAGAGCCUGGUGCAACACAAGGAAUCUGCAGGUGUGGUGCCUCAUGAUGAGAAACGAAUGCCUCCAUUUCAGUAUGGAAAUAUCCCAUCGAAGGCCGAUCAUCUUGAGGUGAAGCUAGGGAGACGAAUCCGGAGGGAGCAUUCGCUGGAACGCAGAUUCAAUAUGCUCGUAAAGUCCAAGUCCCAACCUCCAGAGACGAAGUCGGAGCAAGAAAAACGCAGAGAAUAUUUGCUGAAGGUGAAACUUGAAGAGAUGACGACAAAGCCAAUUCAGCUGCUGACUCCGCAUGAAGAAACAUAAAAGCUGGGAUCCACGUCGAUUACUCCAUAGAUCUUGGGAUCAUUUUCUCAUACAAAUUAGUUGCCAGAAAAGUAGAAUCUUCCAAAUAAGUUUGUUGAUUGAGGGACCACACAAAGAACUAGAGAGGCUUCUUCAAAGACGUUAAUGUCUUCCUUAGGAGUUUUGUUUUUUGUCCCAGUUUAGUUUGGUUGUUCUAUCGUUUCUAUUUUCACAAAAGACUAACUUUGAAUUGGACGAUUUUUUAGUACAGAUCUGCAAGCCAUAGAAGAAUGCCAUCAACAGUAUAUCCCAUUCGGGUGCGUUAUCGCAAUCCUGUGGCGGCUUUCAUUAGCGGACUCGCGAGUUUGGCCUAUUGGAUGGUUUACUGGUUGGCCUAUUUCAUAAUUUAUCUUUCCGGAUGUGCUAUUAUCUUGGGCCUGGUCUGGCCACGACACGCGUGGCGAGUGCUAAACUCUGUGCUGAAGCAGGAACGACACAUGGAACGACAGUUCAAAGACGAAUUAUGAGUUGUAUGUAUAUUUUUUAAUAAAACUUUCGAGCAAGAACUACAAAACGCUCAAAUACUCGUGUCUCUCACAUCAGAUCAGAUCAGAAUUGCCUAGCUUUAUUUAUAUAAUAGUUAAUUGCGUGUUACACUACUAAUUUCAUUUAUGUAGAUGUUAGUUCUGCUUUAAUUACAUUUAAAGUAAAUAUUUAUGCACAUCAAUAUGUACUUGUGUGUACUCGUUAAUAUUAUUAUCAAUUGCAAUUGUUGCUUGCACUCAACUAAAUAAGGCCGCCUUGCCCGGUGCUCCUUUGUAUACAUUUACAUAAUUGUAAGUCAAAACAAAAAUAAUAAUUGGCUAAAACAGUUUCGAAACUUGUGUACUGGCUGCCAGCUAAUAA